UACAUGCACUUUGUUUAUAUCCGGCAUAAUUUCAGUUGCGAAAUAUUUCAUCAGUUUUCAUAUUCUGUGUUUUUUUACUAAAGGUAUAUAUACAUGUACUAUUGACAUUUGGUAUUUCGUGCUAUAUUGGGAACAAGAUAAAGACUAGUUCAGAUGGAUGAUUCAGGAAGUACUGUGGAUGGACAGGAAGAACAGCAAAGUCAGAUUCCUGAUGAAAUAAAAGUUAAAUGGGAGAGAGAACAGAUGAAGUUGAAGAAACAGAUGGUUUUAACAGACUCUAGUGAUAUAACAAAGAUAAUAUCAUGUUGCCAUGGAAAAACUUCAGAUAAUUUCUUGAUAGGUGGUGUUGAUAUUUCCUUUGUCAAGGGAGAUAAUGUGAAUGCAUGUGCGGCACUAAUUGUUCUCAAUUUUCCACAACUAGAGGUUGUGUAUGAAGAUUGUCAGAUGAUUAAAUUAACAGCACCGUAUAUCCCAGGGUUCCUUGCCUUCAGAGAAGCAUAUCUACUUGAAGAAAUGUACAACAAACUGAAGAAAACACAGCCACAAUAUGUACCUCAGGUUAUAAUGGUAGAUGGAAAUGGAAUUUUACACCCUAGAGGGUUUGGCUUAGCCUGUCAUCUAGGUGUUUUAUUAGACACUCCAUGUAUUGGUGUUGCCAAGAAUCUUUUCCAAGUAGAUGGUAUUGAAAAUGAUGAUGACCAUCAGCUAAAGAUUAAACAGUUAUCUAAAGGAGGGGAUACAUUUAAAUUGGUGGGAACUAGUUGUAAAGUCUUAGGAAAGGCACUGAGGAGUUGUGAUUCUGCACCUAAUCCAAUUUACAUAUCAACUGGUCACAAGAUAACACUUGAUUCAGCUGUAGAUUUAGUAUACAAAUGUUGUAAACACAGGGUACCAGAACCAACUAGACAGGCCGAUAUAAAAAGUAGAGAAUAUUUAAGAGUUAAUUUUGGAAGUGACCAUGAAGAACAAAAGAAUAAAGGAAAGAAGAAACAAAAGACAAAAAACACAAAGCAUAGUAACACUGAAUGUAACCCUGUUGAUAAUAUAGAAGAAUUGUUUGAAGAUACUUGUUGUUUGUUUGAUGGAGAAUAUACAUGAGAUGUACCCUACCUUAAAUCAGGAACUUUUAAACUUUUUUCAAUUGUUACUGGUACUCUGUAUUUUUAAUAUUUUAGCACAAACGGAUAGAAUUGAAUUAUUCUUAAAUGUAUUUAGUUUGUUUAAACAACAUUCUUGCUGAGAUGGGAUGUCAUUUUACUAGGCAAAAAGAGUUACUUUGGCAAUCAAGUGAUAUAUAAAUAUGGAGAAUACAAAAUAUUAUUUUUGUUAUAAUUACUGAUGAAAUCAUACAUCAUAACAAAUUUCCUUGCAAUUUUUCAAUUACAUGUUUGUUUCAAUUUCACAAAUUAAAAAAGAUUAUCAGGUGUUGAAGUUGAAUCAUCCGUAAAUGUGACGUAAUGUCAGCUGAAAAAACACGAUAAAAUCAGUUUCACCUGUAUAAUUAAUUGUUUUCAGUAUUGCAAAAUCCCAAGUUGGCUGACUUGUAAAAAAGCAUUUCUGUUAGAUAUCACUAAAUUUUUUAGUAUUAUAUCUUCUAUAACAAAGCUUAAAAGUCUGUCCAUAUUUUAUGAAAACGUUUUGAAGGAGAGUUUUAAACAGGACAAAGGAAGAAAGGGUUAUUUUUAUAAUUCUGCAUCACUACCACUUUUACUAAGUGAUAGGGGUGCAAUCAACAGUUUUUUUUCUAUGACGUCAUAUUUUGAGGGACCAUUUAUAAUCGACCCUUAGUGGUGUUAAUGUUAAUAAAGAUACUUGUAUAAAACUAGAUAUCAUUAGAAUCAGAAUUUUCUCUAGUUUAUAAUGAAAUAAAAAAAAAUUGUACUUUUAAUAGUACUAAAAAUUUUAUCCAGAGAAAAUGUGAAAAACAUUGCCUAAUAUAUGCAUAAAAAACAUUAAAUCAGGCCAUGUGCACACCCAUGAAGACAUGAUACAUGCACAUUUUUCAUGAUCAAAACUGUAUGAAUUUCAUAGGUUUUUACCUGGUCUUUCUAAAAAUUUAUGCUUCAGGUUCGCCUGCUCCGAAAAGAGCGACAGUGGGUGCAAAUAAGUUUUGCACUUUUCACUGCAAAAAAACAGGAUGUUUACAGUCUGUCUCCCCUCAAAACAUGUGUAUUUUAUCUAAGGGCUAUUCCAUAAAAAAAUGUAAGGCACCUUGUAUUAAUAAUACAUGGGUGAUGGGUAUCAGAGCCACUUUUCACACUAUAAUGCACUAUAAUUCUCAAUUACAAUUGUCUGGGUGGUGGGUGCUGACAAAAACUGCCUUCCAACCCCUCCAUACAUUUUUUUCUGGAAUAGCCCUAAUUUAUUUUAAUUAUUUUAAUCAUUCAACCUGUUUUAAUUGAAGCUAAUUAACUUAUUUUUACAAUCAAAUACAAAAAACAUGAUACUUUUUCACCAAUUAUGUUGAUAAAAAGGGACUUCCCUCCAUGUCUAUUUUUAGUCGGGGAAUAACCCCUAGUUUUUAUACUAAACUGUUUAUAGCACCCUAGUGUGUUAGAAAAUGACAUGAAAGAUAUUGUGAUAAUGCAAACUAUACUUUAAAAUGAUGGUU